ACGAUUUCAUUCUCGGAGAUCAUCAUCAUCAUCGUCAUGAUUCAUGAAUUACAAACGAACCAAUUCUUUCUGAACCAUUGUGAGCUUCUCCUUUAACCAUGAAUUCUCUCUUUCAAUGGAGAUCAUGAGAACUGCUUCCAUGGAUGCUCGCUCGGUGGCCAACCGUUUCGCUGCUCAGCUUCAUUUCUGCCGCCGCCAAAACCCCAUUUCCUAUUCUCUUGCUCGAACCAUCCAUGCCCAUAUGACAGCUUCUGGGUUCAGGCCACGUGGCCACAUCGUCAACCGUCUGAUCGAUGUAUACUGCAAAUGCUCCAAUCUCAGUUAUGCACGCAACCUGUUCGACGAAAUUCCCCAACCAGAUGUCGUCGCCCGAACCACGCUUGUUGCCGCCUACUCUGCUGCCGGCAAUCUGAAGCUGGCUCGGGAAAUAUUCUGUGGGAUUCCAUUGGACAUGAGAGACACGAUUUGUUACAAUGCCAUGAUCACCGGCUAUUCCCGUAACAAUGAUGGCUUUGCAGCCUUCCAGCUCUUCCGCGACAUGAGGUGGGACGGUGUUACGCCCGACGACUUCACAUUGUCGAGUGUUCUUUCCGCAUUGGGGAUCGUAACCGAGGAUGAGAGGCAGUGCAAGCAAAUGCACUGCGCGGUUGUGAAGUCGGGAUUGGGUUUUGUCACUUCGGUGUUGAACUCGUUGGCGUCUUUUUACGUUAAGUGUGCGGCGGCGGCGUCUUCAUUGUCCUCGGUUUUGUUGAUGGCUGCAGCUAGGAAGCUGUUUGAUGAGAUGGUUGAGAAGGACGAGUUGUCGUGGACGACGAUAAUCACCGGAUACGUCAGGUGCAACGACCUCGACGCCGCUCGCAAACUUCUUGAGGGAAUGAAUGAAAAGAUCGGGGUUGCGUGGAAUGCGAUGAUUUCGGGUUAUGUGCACCAUGACCGUUUUCAAGAAGCUUUGAAGAUGUUCAGGAAGAUGCAGUCCCAAGGAAUUCUGCAGGAUGAGUUUACGUACACGAGUAUCAUCAGCGGCUGCGCUAAUAGCGGGAUCUUUCAACUUGGAAAGGAGUUACAUGCUCACAUUUUGAGAACAGAAGCAGAACCCACAAAGGACUUCUCAUUGUCCGUGAAUAAUGCAUUGGUGACGUUGUAUUAUAGAUGCGGUAAAGUAGAUUUGGCGCGAAAGAUUUUCGAUAAAAUGCCUGUGAGAGAUAUUGUUUCGUGGAACGCAAUACUGUCAGGGUACAUCGAGGCGAAGCGAAUUGAGGAAGCGAAAUCCUUUUUUGUGGAGAUUCCGGAGAGAAAUGGUUUAACUUGGACGGUGAUUGUAUCAGGUUUAGCACAAAAUGGGUAUGGAGAAGAAGCUAUGAAGUUGUUUAAUCAAAUGAGAUUAGAAGGUUUUGAACCUUGCGAUUACGCAUUUGCUGGCGCGAUUAUAUCUUGCGCUGUGCUUGGAGCAUUGGAGCAUGGAUGCCAACUUCACGCUAAGCUAAUAUGCUCCGGGCAUGAUUCAAGCCUCUCAGCUGGAAAUGCGCUCAUCACGAUGUAUGCAAGGUGCGGAGUUUUUGAGGAUGCAGAGCUUCUGUUCCUCACAAUGCCUUGUGUAGACUCGGUGUCCUGGAAUGCCAUGAUUGCAGCGCUAUCUCAACACGGUCGUGGCGUCCAAGCAAUUGAGCUUUUCGAACAGAUGUUGAAAGAAGAUAUCCGACCAGAUAGGAUAACGUUUCUCACAAUUCUCUCAGCCUGCAGCCAUGCCGGUUUAGUCAAAGAAGGGAGACACUAUUUUGAUUCAAUGUGUGGUUCUUAUGGCAUUACGCCAGGCGAAGAUCACUAUGCCCGCAUGAUUGAUCUGCUUUGCCGAGCUGGGCAGUUUGCAGAAGCAAAGAAUUUGAUCGAUUCAAUGCCAUUUGAAGCGGGGGUGCCAAUCUGGGAGGCACUACUUGCUGGCUGCCGCACACACGGGAACAUGGAUUUAGGGAUUCAAGCUGCCGAACGGCUAUUCGAGCUGAUUCCACAACAUGAUUCAACGUAUGUGCUUCUGUCAAACAUGUAUGCCGAUGUUGGAAAGUGGGAAAAUGUGGCGAAAGUGCGGAAACUGAUGAGAGAUCGAGGGAUUAAGAAGGAGCCGGGCUGCAGUUGGAUUGAGGUUGAGAGUAAGGUUCAUGUGUUCUUGGUUGAUGACACUAAACACCCAGAGGUUCAAGCAGUGUACACGUAUUUAGAGAAACUGAGACUUGAAAUGAGGAAGUUGGGUUAUGUCCCAAACACAAAGUUUGUUUUACAUGAUGUGGAGUCUGAGGAGCACAAGGAGUAUGCUUUGUCCACUCACAGUGAGAAACUUGCCGUUGUGUUUGGACUCUUGAAGCUUUCUAAGGGAGCCACCAUAAGAGUGUUUAAGAAUCUUAGGAUUUGUGGAGAUUGCCAUAAUGCAUUCAUGUUCAUGUCAAGAGUAGUGGAGAGGGAAAUUGUAGUGAGAGAUGGCAAGAGGUUUCAUCAUUUUAGAAACGGUGAGUGCUCUUGUGGCAAUUACUGGUAGGGGAAAAAACAAAUUCACAACUUUCAGAUAUUUUUUUUAUUCGUUAUUCUUUAAU